UACAUUAAGCGUGCUAUGGUUCUAUAAUAUCGCUGCGUCAUAAUACCUAGAACUCAAUUAAUAUAGUUCUUCUUUGUGCUGGAAUUAUUUCACAGACGAAGAAGAUGCCACAACCCACCUUCCCAUUUCAUCACCCGCUCAACUGUCAAAGCGGGGCUGCGGAACCAUGGCCUGCCCUCUGCGGGGCAAGCUCCGUCCACUAUCUAGUGGCUCAAGUACACACCUGGUCAUCAUAAACCCAAUUUAUUAAUCAUUCCAAGAAUAACUUUUGCACAUCAAACCCCGCAGCUCUCACCACAUACUGAACACGUCCUGUCAUCACUGUCACCACAACCAUGUCCGCCGCCCAAGCCCUCCGCGAAAAGCAAGCCCCCAUCAAAGAAGGCUACCGCAACGACCCUUCAUCCGCAGUCGUAACCCUAAAAUCCACAGGCUCCCUAGACAGCCACUCAAUUACAUGCAAACUCUCUGACAGCCCCGCCAUCAAAGAAGCCCACCGCGUCGCCGGCCUGCACCAAAAAGCCGGCGGCGACGACCCUGCCAUCUCAGGCGAACUCUGCUCGGGCGACAUGCUCCUCGACGCCCUCGUCGCCUGCUCUGGUGUAACCCUCAAAGCCGUUGCCACGGCCCUCGGCAUCCCCAUCGUCUCUGGCACCGUGACUGCGGAGGGCGACUUGGAUUUCAGAGGUACCCUGGGCGUGGAUAAGACGGCGCCUGUGGGUCUUACGGGGAUUCGACUGGAUUUUGCGGUGGAGUUUGGGAAGAGGGAGGAUGGGAGGGUGAUUAGUGAGGAGGAGGUUGAGAGGUUGGGGAAGUUGACGGAGAGGUAUUGUGUUGUGUUGCAGACGCUGGUGCAUAAGCAGAGUAUUGGGGUUAGGCUGGUGGGGAAGGGGGGUGGGAAGGAGGAGGAGGGGGUGAGGAGGGAGGUUUCGCAUCAGAGUACGUUGUAGGUAGAUGGUUAGUUGCGAGUUUUUGGAUUGCUCAGUUGAUUGUGGUUUCGUUGGCACUUGAUUAGGAAAAAAAGGGGGGGUCAUGUGAGGGUUGUGCUAAGUUCCAAAACAUGAAAAGAAAAAGGGCCACAAAUUCAACGAUUAUGUAGACGCGAAUUUCUAAAAUCUCAUCUUUAAUUUUAAAAUUAUAUAUCUAGAAACAAUAGCAACCAAGUCUCAGAAGCA